CAUGAAUAAACUUUGCGUGUGAUGCACGAUGACAAAGUGAUCGGCUUCGGGAUAUCGAUAUCGAGCAACGGGCGGUGGGUGAUGUCGUGCUCGGCGGGCGGGGACCUGGUGGUGCGGGACCUGUCGGGCAAGGUGGCGCACCGGCGGCAGGUGCGGGUGAAGGAGCCUCACUCCGCGAGGGUGUCCCCGUGCGGCCGCUACAUCUUCGUGUGCGGCGCGGCCGCGGGGAUCGAGAGCGUGGACGUGCAAUACGAGGAUGGCCGGCUGAAGCGUGCGGGCGACGGGCCCGAGCUGCCCGGCCACGCCGCCGGCGUCUACGACCUCGCCUUCGGCAUGGACUCGUCGUACGUCGCGAUCGCCUACAUGGACGCCACGUGGAAGCUCUUCAACGUCACCGGUCUCCUCGCCAGCGGCAGCGGCAAGCCGCAGUUACUGGAGUCUGGCCGCUUCACCCCGGGCCGACAGCCGCCGCGGCUGGCGCUGUCUCCAGAUGCCCAGGUGUUGGCCGUGGCCGUGGACGCCUCCGUCCAGCUGUAUGAUACUUAUACGGGGAAGCUGUUCGGGACCAUCGAAAAUGCUUUUACAGGUCUAGUCACGAGCAUGGUAUUCGACUCGACCAACAAGCACCUCUUCGUGGCCGGGGACAAGGUUAUCCGCGUGUUCCACAACGUGUGUGGCCUCUACACCACGAUCGGCCACUGCUGGCGGCUGAUGCGGGGCAACGAGACCUCCGCUACCACCGAGCGACUCAAGAAGACGAUGGCGGAGUGCAAGGAACAGCUGGAGAGGUUUAAUGUCAAGUACGAAUGAGGUGGUUACUGUUUACUGCUCGGCCGGUUUAAGAUGACUAGUCUAAUUUUCAUAUUGUGAAAUCAAAACGAAGUUAAAAUAAAUGACAUAUUUUUGAAUCUGGAAAUCGUUGUCAAAACAAGUUCGCGAUAGGUACAGGGGCAGGCGGCUUGUUGUCUUUGAUUGGCUGAGUAGUGUAUGUACCCAUAUUGUUCAUUAAGUUACAGCCCACACGACAAAACACCACGGAUGACUAAUGUUAGGGGAAAAUAAGCGUACCUUACCUACACAUUGAUCAUAAAAAUCUUAGUGCAUUUAGUUUCACAAAUUUUAAUUUCGUGCAUUUUAGAAUAUUAUCUACAAUCUACAAGUAUAUUUAAAUAAAUGUUUAAUAUGUUAAUAUUGGAAAUAGGCACAUACAGGGCUGUGACUAUCUUGUGUAAUCGUACGAUUAAUUUGUGUUAAGAAUAAGAACCAUCUGAUGUUCUCUCAAUGUUUCCUUUAAGACUGUUCUAAAUUUAAUCAAUUGAAAUUUUAAGAUAUUGCUCGUAUAUUGAUUUAAUGUAAGAUAAGAGUCCGGAUAACGUAGAUUAGUUGCAGUUUACUUUGGAUUAUUAUAGAUUUUUUCAAAAGCCAUAACUUAAACUUUUAAAUGUUAGAAUAGCUUUUAUCUAAUACAACGUGAUAAUAGUGAUGUUUAGAUCUAUAUUUUCAGACUGAACUUUGGAACUCUAUCUCUAGAAAGUAUUAUGUAAUUGUAUCUUAUCUGCAGAGGUCCAUUUUCUAGCAUUUAUUUAGUACAUAAGAUGAUUCUCUCAAGAUCGGAUCUCCAAUCGAAAUAUUUUUAUUUUGUAAAACUGAGCUUUAUGAAUUUAAAUUACCAAUAAGAAAUUAAAACAGUAUAUGUAUUUAAUUCAUAUGAAAAGAGGUAGUUAGCCAUUAUCACUGCAUUUAUUUGUUAAAUACCAAACGUUGUUCCUAACAUGAUUAGUCAUUUAAAUACAAAGCGGGUUGAAAUUAAAAGGCGUUUCUCCCAACGAUACAAUGAUACCGAAGUGAAAAACGUAAUUUUAAAAUUGACAACGUUCUGUACCUACCUACCUCCCACUUUCACCCUGUCUAUGUAAUUAUUUUUGGACAUCUUUUCUAAAAUAAACGUUGAUUAAUAUUUA